UCUCUGCAGUUCACAAACUCUAGUGAAACAGAAGGUUUUCUUCUUUCUGGAACCUGUGAAAAUGUCCCUUUCCCAAGGGAGCGACAGUUAAAGGCGCCACUUUGUCACAGACCCUCGGGAAUUCUGCUUGGAUCACAUUUUCACCUCCGCAAAAACCAUGAGGAAGCUGCUGCCUCUCUGCUGCUGGCCUGCCUGGCUGCCCUUGUUUUACUGUGAUUUUCAGGUGCGCGGAGCCGACACCAGGUCACGAGCCCAUCCAGGAUUUGAUGUCUUGGCUUCUGCUUCCCAUUACUGGCCAUUGGAAAGUGUGGAUGGAAUCCACGAACUUCAGGAGACAACUGGAGCAUUGCGAACCCACAACCUCACUGUGCUUCCUCCCCAUAAUUCUACCUUUGUAUAUACCAAUGGCUCUGCCUACUCAAAUUUCUCUGCAACCGUAGAUAUUGUAGAAGGAAAGGUCAACAAAGGCAUUUACCUCAAGGAGGAAAAAGGAGUCACAUUUCUCUGUUACGGAAGGUACAAAACUUCUUGCAUCAGUAAUCCAGCGCAGUGCGGCCCUGAGGGGGUCACAUUCUCUUUUUUCUGGAAGACGCAAGCAGAACAGUCCAGAACAACCCCUUUCGCAUUCGGGGGACAGGUCAUUUCCAACGGGUUCAAAGUCGGCUCCAGCGGUGGCAAGGGCUCCGUGGAGCUGUACACGCGUCACAACUCCAUGACGUGGGAGGCCACCUUCAGCCCCCCAGGCCCCUACUGGACUCACGUCCUAUUUACUUGGAAGUCCAAGGAGGGCCUGAAAGUCUACGUCAACGGGACGCUGAGCACGUCAGACCCAAGUGGGAAAGCGUCUCAUGCCUACGGGGAGCCCAACGCCAACCUCGUGAUAGGGUCUGAUCAGGACCAGCCCAGGCACUACGAGAACGGCGCUUUUGACGAGUUCAUCAUCUGGGAACGGGCCCUGACGCCGGAUGAGGUCGCCAUGUACUUCACAGCUGCCAUUGGAAAGCAUGUUUUGCUGUCUUCAGCGCCACCCGGCUUCCUCACGACACCCGCAGCAAACACCAUGGUGCCCAUUGAUGCGAACCAUCCCAUCAUAACCAACUUGACAGAGGAGAGAAGAAACUUCGAGAGUCCUGGAAUUGUUCUGAAUUACCUUCAAAAUAUGUCCCUCAGCUUACCCAAUAAAUCCCUCUCAGAGGAAACAGCAUUAAAUCUCACCAAGACUUUCUUAAAGACCGUGGGAGAGGUUCUUUUUUUGCCCAGUUGGACUGCUGUGUCAGAGGACAGUGCCGUGGUGCUGGGCUUGAUAGACACCGUGGACGCCGUCAUGGACCACAUAUCUUUCAACCUGAAGGCCAGCGAGCCCCAGGUUGCCAUCACGGGCUCCUCAUCCGUGGCAGACUUUUCCAUGGCCAAACUGCUCCCCAAGACCAUGAACUCCUCCCACUACCGCUUCCCGGCCCAGGGGCGGAACUACAUUGAGAUCCCCCGUGAGGCUUUUUUCCACAGCCAAGCCUGGACCACCGUCGUGGGCCUUCUCUACCGCUCGGUGCACUAUUAUUUGAGCAACAUCCAGCCGGCCAGCACCAAGAUUGCUGAGGCAGCAAAUUACAAAAACUGCAUGCUGUCUGUGACCAGCUAUCUGAUUUCCCUGGAGGUCUUCCCGACGCCGAAGCUCUCCCAGAAUUUAUCGGGCUCCCCUCUCAUCUCUGUCCAUCUCUGGCACCAUUUGACUCCAAGGCAGUACCUCGAGGCUACCAACGAGAGCAACCGAAUCUUCCUGUAUUGUGCCUUCCUGGACUUCAGCUCCGGAGGAGGCGUCUGGUCGGACCAGGGCUGCGCCCUCACCAGCGGGAACCUCAGCUACUCCGUCUGCCGCUGCACGCACCUCACCAACUUUGCCGUCCUGAUGCAGGUGGUCCCGCUGGAGCUCACGCGCGGACACCAGGUGGCGCUCUCGUCCGUCAGCUACAUCGGCUGCUCGCUGUCCGUGCUCUGCCUGAGCGUUACGCUGGCCACCUUCGCCGCGCUCUCCUCGGUCAGCACUAUCCGGAACCAGCGCUACCACAUCCACGCCAACCUGUCCUGUGCCAUCCUGGUGGCCCAGGUCCUGUUGCUUUUCAGCUUCCACUUCGAGCCAGGCACGACCCCGUGCCAGGUGCUGGCCAUACUCCUGCACUACCUCUUCCUGAGCGCCUUUGCGUGGAUGCUGGUGGAAGGGUUGCAUCUCUACAGCAUGGUGAUCAAGGUCUUUGGAUCAGAGGACAGCAAGCACCGCUAUUACUAUGGGAUAGGAUGGGGUUUGCCUCUUCUCAUCUGCAUCAUUUCAAUAGUCUUUGCCAUGGACAGUUACGGGACGAGUAAGAACUGCUGGCUGUCGCUCGGGAAUGGUGCCAUCUGGGCCUUCGUAGCUCCUGCCCUGUUCAUCAUCGUGGUCAACACGGGCAUCCUCGUCGCGGUGACCAGGGUCAUUUCGCAGAUCAGCGCCAACAACUACAAGACGCACGGAGACCCCAGCGCCUUCAAGUUGACGGCAAAAGCCGUGGCCGUGCUGCUGCCCAUCCUGGGGACCUCGUGGGUGUUCGGCGUGCUCGCCGUCAAUCGCCAGGCUGUGGUCUUUCAGUACGUGUUUGCCAUCCUCAACUCGUCACAGGGAUUUUUCAUCUUCCUUUUCCAUUGUCUCCUGAACUCAGAGGUGAGAGCUGCUUUCAAGCAUAAAACCAAGGUCUGGUCGCUCACGAGCAGCUCCACCCGCCAGGCCAACGUGAAGCCCUUCAACUCGGACAUCAUGAACGGGACCCGGCCUGGUACGGGCUCCACCAAGCUCACCCCUUGGGACAAGAGCAGCCACUCCGGGCACCGCGUGGACCUGUCUGCCGUGUGAGCAGAGAGGCCGCGGACCUGGCCGCCUGCCGCUCAGAGCCCCCCGACCCGCUGCAG